CUAUUGAAUGCAUCAAACGUUUCACGAAAGUUUUCGACAAGUGGUUCAAGUUUGUCUAUAUCAAACCUCCGUAGAUCAUGUCCAGGGCAACUUUUUAUAAGUUCUCCGGGAUUGUGUCAAGACAAAUUCUUAUAUUGUCACAGAAUAAAGAAUAAGUCCAUAUUUACAAAUUCGAUAAGAUUCUAUACUGUUCCUAGCACGUUUAACACGGAGAAAACACCAAUAGUGCAAGCUCAGGAAGUUUCAUCAAGUGCUGAUACCACAAAUACUCUCGAAGUUGUCCCAAUUAAUGAAAUUCUUGAACCCGCUACAUCUAAUGUUACGGCCGAGACUGUUAUGAAGCUCGGUGAUCUAAAAGCCAUGGGUCUUGUACAUUACACUCCCGUUGGUGGAGUAGAGACCUUUUUCGAAGCUAUCCACGUUUUGAGCGGCAUACCAUGGUGGGGAACAAUACUUUUCGGCACAUUAAUAGUGCGUUUGCUUUUAGUGCCCAUCUCUAUUGAUGCGGUGCGUACCAAUGUUAAAUUAAUGAACAUUCAACCGAAAGCAAAAAAAUUAAUGGAUGAAAUAAAAGAUGCGAAGAAAUAUUCCGACACCGCUGUGAUGCUUCAAAAGGCUGAGCAGAUGAAAAAUUUGUACAAGAGUCAUGAUACUAGUCCGUAUAGGGGUCUUGUUCUUACGUUGAUUCAGGCACCUAUAAUGAUUAGUUUCUUUUUGGCAACGAAGAAGAUGGCAGAGUUUCCAGUAGAAAGUUUCAAAACUGGAGGCAUGCUCUGGUUCACAGAUCUUACCAUUCCUGACCCCUAUUACAUAUUACCAGCUUUGACGACUGCCGGCUUUCUUUCAAUAGUUGAAAUGGGUAGCGGAGUUAACAAAGUCAAAGACGGUCAAAUGCAAACAUUGAGAUGGUUUAUUCGUGGAAUAACUGUAUUAUCCUUUCCGAUUACAAUGAAUCUACCAUCAUCUGUUCUCGUAUACUUCACGGGUUCCUGUUUCUUUAGUAUUUUACAAACGAUGGCACUGAAUAACAAAGGGAUUCGUGAAUACCUCAAGAUACCUAAACAAAUACAUGUACCAGAAAGUAAAUCAUCGUCAGAACCAUCGGAAAAUAAUCCAUUUCUGAAUUUUUUGAGCAAGUCAAAAUCAAGUCAGCAAGAAGAAUUACCAUUGACACAAUCACUUAAAUCCAUAAUACAUUCAUCAAUAAUAAUACGAGAUAACAAUCGAAUUUUUGUGCGAGGAAAUAGUAAUAAUGUUAAUGGUGGAAAUGCGGUUUCCGAAGAAAACUUAGUGGAUCAAGGAAAAAACAAAGAUGAAGAUACGGUCGAUAACUUGGAUAUUGAUAAGGAUGAAGGCGUUAAAAUUGAACAGCGGUCGUCGGCUGCAACUUCUUGGACCAAGACCUUGCGUAACUUAUUCCAGACCACUGAGGAUAUUGAUGUAAUAUGGAAGGAAUAUAGAUCGAUAGUGGAGAACGGAAAUUUGGAAGGCAUGGACAGAAGACUCAUAAAUAGGUUACUGAGUUCAAUCAAAAAAUUUGACAAAGAUCAUUCCAGCUGCCUGGAAAAAAUUCAAAUGGUUCAUAAUGACAUGAAUGAAGCAAAGAUGGAAAUUGGGCAAACUGUUCGUAAUUAUCUAAUAGAAGCAUAUCUGAAUAAUAGAAAUUUAGAUAAGGCACGAAUGGUUUUUGAAGAAAUCAAGGACCUGGAAGGACCACUUGGGAGAAUACCGGUAUGCCCAUAUCGUACUGCUUGCAAUAUGAUGAUGAAGGCGUACGGAUACCGACACCCGAAGCUGACAAAAGACGGAAUGCCCCGAAAUGAUCUUCAGGAGGUGACUUUUAUAUAUUCCUUAAUGCACGAGAAACAAAUAUUUCCCGAUGUAGAGACCAAAAAUAUUUUAGCGGGCAUUUUUGAAUUUCAUUAUCACCGUAAUUCAAUUCAAUGGUUUACCGAAUUAAUGGACAAGAGACUCGUGGACUCCAACUUAGUAAAAGAAAUCGUGCUCUUUUUGAUUAAAAAAAAAAACCUCAAUGAUGCAAUUCGAAUAUAUGAAAAAAUGAGAUCGCUUGAAAUGAUUCCCGGUCCUUAUAUCUAUAAUUCACUAAUCGAUCAACUCGGAAAGCAAGAAAGGAUUGAUGAAGCGCUACGUCUAGCACAAGAAAUGGAAUCAUUGAAUGUGCCUCUUGACACCGUGUCAUACAACGUGCUGAUUAAGACCUAUGGUCUCACGGAAAAUCAUGAAAAGAUAAAAGAGCUUUUUGAUGAGUUGCUUUCAAAAAAAGAAACGAAACCUAGCUUGCGAACUUUCUCGGAGGCAAUAAAUGCUUAUGCAAAACUGGGCAGAGUAAAUUCCGCGCUUUGGGCAUUGGAUAAAAUGCGCACCCUUGAAAUGAGACCAGAUCAAUUUAUCUAUACCUCGUUGAUCGAACUUUUUUCCAAUGCAAAUGAUACACAAUCUAUGGAAAGGGUUUUUCGUAACAUGUUGGCGGACGGUGUCAACCCUCUUAAAAUCACUUAUGGCAUGUUAACCGUUGGAUAUUGCCGUGAGAACGAUAUAUAUAAAGCAUUCCAGAUUUGUCGUAUAAUGAUCUCAUCUGGUAUAGAGCCAGAUGUCUACAUAUACAAUGCUCUAAUAUCGCUUUUUGCUGAAAGGAAAGAUCCAAAUAGCGCAUCCAUCCUAUUUAAUGAAAUGCGCGCUUACAACAUCGUCCCAGACACACACACAUAUACGAAUCUGAUUCAUGCAUAUGCUAAAGCUGAGGAUAUACGUAAAGCGGAGGAAAUAUUUAUGGAUAUGGAGCUUGCAGGAGUAAAGCCGCAAACCAUCACCUACAAUGUAUUAUUAAAUGCAUACGUAGAAAAAUUAGAUAUGACACGCGCUCAAAAGCUUUAUAAUGAAAUGCUGGAAUCAUUUGUACGUCCUGAUGUAUACACUUUUUGUUGUUUGAUAGAUGGAUUCUGCGAAAUAGGCAAGUUGGAAACGGCAGCCGCACUUUUCAAGCAUAUGCAGAACAACCAUCAACUGGAACCAGAUGCUCACAUUUACACGGUGCUCAUACAUCGUCAUUUACAACACGGUGAUUUUAAGAAUGCAAGGACGCUCUACGAGAAUAUGAUAAAGCGUCGCAUAAAACCUACGUAUGUUACAUAUGCCGUGUUAAUUCAUGGACACGCACAAUAUGGAGAUUUGGAGUUUGCCAAGAAGAUUGUCUCGGAACUAGUAUUUCAAAGCAAAUUAUCGGAGGAAAAAAGUGACAUACCUCCAACAGUAUUUACACCUCUCAUGGAUUCAUACGCCAAACUAGGGAAAAUCAAUGAGACCAGGACGAUUUUUGACACAAUGUCAACGUUGGGUGUUUCGCGUAACGCACAUGCAUACGUAAUCCUCAUGGAUGCUUACCGUCGUAUUCGCAAUUAUGAGGCCGUGUGGCAACUAUGGCAGGGUUUGCGCAAGGAUUCUCAAUUGACGACAUCGCACUUGACAUUAAUAGAAUGGGUUGAAUCGCAUAUAGUUAGGUCAGAUCCUAUACUUCCACAAAAUGUGAAACCAAAUUCAGGAAUUACAACUCAAAAUGAUUUUUCGGAAUCAUUGCUGCAUUCCUUUGACUCACCUCUCAGUUCCCUAUUAAAAUCCCAGCUGCCACCGUGUCAUGCGGUUUCUGUUAUGAUCGACGCACUCACGGCAAUAGGACGAUAUGACGUGGUUCAAGAAGAAUGGAAUAAGCUGGCUCAAGAGGGUUUCGAAUUUGAUUCACAUAAUUGGAAUCAUUACGCACAAAGUCUCAUAUUGUCCGGUAAAGUCAAGGACGCUUGUAGCAUCAUAGACAAAUAUUUGAUGGAGGGAUGGAAUCAACAGGUAGAAAUUUGGAAGCAUUUUGAUCAGGAAUAUUCCACAGAGUCCCUGAGAGAGAAAAAGAGACUUUUAAAUCUUGUUGAAAAAUUCCCACAUCAAAAAACAUUAUUAAUGUUGGCCGACUCGUUUGAAAAAAUGAAAAAUCAGGAUUGGUUCAACAUGCCGGAUGUGACAAAAACGCCUACCUCCAUACUGUUAUUGAAUGAAAUUGAGGAAGAAUAUCCAGAGGUUUCGUAUGCGGCCAAGGAAACUGCAAAGUCCUGGAAAAUUCAACGAAGAAGGUCCAAUUACGAAAAUUUAGAUCAAGGUUAUGAAUAUAAACAUGUCAACUAG